GCGAUUUUAGGACAACACAUAUUUGUUUUAGAAACAAAAAAAAGGUUUUUUACUAAACAGAUAAGAACAAUACUAUUUCAUCGGUUCUGUUUCUUCUUCUUCUUCUUCUUCAUUCAUUCAUUCAUUCAUCCUCGUAUCUCCACCACUUCUUGUUGUUCUGUUUUCUUUAACGGAGAGAAAAAUCUGUGUUUUCACUAACCCAAACCUAAUUUCUCUUUCUUUAUUCUUCUUCUUGUAAGAGAGAAACAGAGUUGUUCCUCUUUAACUUUCAUCGAUCGAAUGGUAAUUUGAUCCUUAAGUUCGAUUCUGAUUAACAAUGGCGUCUUCUCAGGUGGAGAUACCUUCUCCGUCUCAGAGUCAGAGAUUCGGGUUUAUCCUCAGAGACCGUAAUCAAAACGCUGGCGUUUUCCAGAAGAAUCUCAAACCUUCUCCUCCGGUGAAAAACCAUCACGAGCUCGAGCUCUUCAAAUCUCAUCAUGUCUCCGACGAGAACUUGGUCGAUUCUUGGAUCGAGACUCACAGUAACAAGAACAAUCAUAUUCGAUUGGCGGAGAAACCAACAGAGCGUGCCCUUGAAUCUCCCGUUGAACAUGGCGGUGCUUCUUCUUUGGUACAGAUGUGGGAGGCGAGGCUAAACCGAUCCAACACCGUAAACUCACCGAGCAGUGGCCGCUGCUCGGUGAGUAGUAGUCGGAGCGAUUCAGGACUUAGUAGUGUUCAAGAUUCGAUCGAUGGAGAUUCUGAAAUGGCUAAAGAAUCCAACGUCGCAGAGGCUACAAACCCUAAACCGACUGUGGAUGUUGAAUCUGAGAGCAAAUGGGGACGAGUCGCUGAUCUAGUUCGGAGGCUUGGCAUCGAAGACAAGAAGCUAACCAUCGGAGAUAGUGGCGGCGACGGUGGGGUCUCAAUUUUAAGAACGCCGAGGCCUUGUAGCAGUUCGUCGUCGUCUUCGUCGGAGAAAAGCAGUUUUCCGGUGGUUAGUUUCUCGCCGAGGAUCCGAGGACGGCAAGCGUUUACCGAUUUGCUUAUGCAAAUGGAACGUGAUCGCCACCGUGAAUUGGAUUCACUUCUUGAACGCAACGCAGUUUCUAGGUUUACUCAACGUGGUCGUCUCCAGUCAAUGUUAAAGCUAAGGAGCCUCAAACGCUGUCUUUUGAUUCAAGAUCGAAACCUGUCCAACGCAAAACCAACCGGACUAAACCGGAUCGAAUCAGGCUCUGCAGUUCUGAAUUUAAGAGAGAAAUUUCGUGCAAAUGCAUUGAAUACCGCGGCUGCAGCAGAACAGAGGAAGGAUCAUCAUAGAUCUGAUGAGAUGACUAACAAAGCUGUACAAGGAACUACCGAGAACACGAGGCUGCAAAAAGGCGGUGUUACUCCAGAAGCUUUCUCCAAAGAGCGGUUGAACAUCCGUGACAGCAAGAUAGAGGAAGCAAUGUUAUGUAGUAAGGAAGGAGAAGCUGUAAAUCCAACUGUUGGAUUAAAAACGAAUUGCCUUCAACUGCAAGAAACAAGAGAAGUAGAAGAAACUUGCAAUGACGACGGCGAGGCUGAGAAGAAAGAAGAAGAGAAGACAAUUCUGAGCCCCUGCAUAAUUGAAGAAUCGUGGUUAAGACAGAAUCAAAGUGAGUAUUGUAUCCAAGAAACUCAAACACAAGGAGUGUUACAUGAGAGUGAUGAGAUUGAUCAGUGCCUUGAGAGACACGAAACAUCAUCAUAUCUGAAUGGAUGGGAAGAACAAGGAGAGUAUGAAGAUGAGCAGUCUUAUUAUGGAGAAACGAACAAUGAUUGGCUUAGCGAAAUAUCUCGGCCACGAAGUUACUGGGAGGAGCUGAGGAAGUCGAGGUACCUAGAAGUAAUGAACACUCGUUCUGAGAAAGAGGACAUACGCAGGCUCCUUGAGCGAGGAACGGUGACAGAUUUUCUGGAGAGCGGGUUGCGAGAGAAGAUAGAUAAUCUCAUGAUGUCCCGUGUGCAGUCACACUCCAACAGGCACUCUAACCAAUGGGAAUUCCAACAAGUAGAAGAAGAGGCAGAAGAGACAAAUGAAAUCGAAGAAGAAAUCAAAGAAGAAGAGUCUUUAACGGAAGGAAAAGAGCAAGACGAUAGAGAUGACUCAAGCCAAUCAUCAUCUUCAUCACAAAUCUUUGCAUCAUCUCCUGCAGGAUCAUGGAGUUCUCAAGACACUGGAGUUACUUCCACUCCUGUCUUGUCUGUUCAAAAUCCUCAUUCACCUGAAAUGGAGCUGAUAACUGGUAUGAGAUCACAGAUCCAACAGCUACAGCAAGAAAUGUCAGUUUUACGAGAUUCAGUCAAAACGUGUUUGGAUGCAAACGCUAGCUUGCAACACAAGAUUCAACGAGAAAACCCAAUGAAACGAAAAUGCUUCGUCUGCGACGAUACGCAGGUUGAGGCGGUUUUGUACAAGUGCGGACAUAUGUGCACGUGCCUAAAAUGUGCCAACGAACUACACUGGAGUGGAGGAAAAUGUCCGAUUUGCCGAGCUCAGAUUGUGGACGUUAUUCGUGUCUUCUUCGAUACAAGGAACUGAUUUUAAAACGCUGACUAUUUCACUAAUCCUAUUAUACUCUCUUAAUAUUAGGUUAUGUAACCCGGUUUUAUGAAACUUUUUUGAUCUC